AUGAUUAGGAGCAGCAGCUUCUUUAAGCUGAUUGAUGCGUUUGCGCUGGAGAUUGGGGAGUUAAAAAAGGAGAUGGUUCUUCCCUCACCUACAGUGGACCAGGAGCCAGUUGACAUAGGGCCAGGGAGGAAGAUGAGUAGUGAAGCGUGUGGUAUUUACCAGGGGGCCCCCCAACAUGACAGUGUGAGGUGUGAGAGGGAUUAUGGAUAUGACUCAUUACGGAGGAAGAUGAGUGUAUUGGACAGACUCACGCAAACCCACCCUGUGUGGCUACUGCUGACAGUCAGUGAAGAGGAGGCAACACAAAUACUUCUGAAACAGCCACCAGGGGUUUUCUUGGUACGGAAGUCAGUCCCACUGCAGAGGAAGGUUCUCUCUGUGCGCCUGAAAGGGAAUCAGUUGGCAAACUCUAUCGGUCACUUCCCGGUCAGAGAGAGCCAGUAUACAUUUUCUCUGGAUGGAAGUGGGAUCAGCUUUGCAGACCUUUUCCGUCUGGUGGCUUUCUACUGCAUAAGCAGGGACGUGUUGUCCUUCCCUCUCAAGCUCCCAGAAGCCAUUGCAUCUGCGAAGACACAAAAGGAUCUGGAAGAGGUGGCUCAACUUGGACCAGGCUUUUGGGACUCUGCCCUGUGCAGCCAGCGCCCUAGCUCCCAGCCUCCCUGUCGCCCUUCGAGCCGUACUCUCAGCCCCCAAAGGAGCAGCAGGACCAAGGAGGACGAGGGGUUGCGACCAAGUCACACCGGGCCCCACUGUGACAGCGCACCACCAACAUUAUGUCACCGGGCUCCUUCCUGUCGAAGUGAGAGAAGACAUUCCAGUGCUACUCUCUGCUUUGUCAGCCCUCUAUUUUUCCAGACACGCCAGCACCACCACCAUCGUGAGCCAUCGUCACAUGAGACUAGAAACGUGUCUAUGACACCGACAAGUGGCGACCAAGCCAGUGGCCAGAUCCCUGACGAGAAAGUAAAACGCAAGUCACACCCCCCUCCUCGACCACCUCCCCCUCGCUUAAUGCAGCGCAGGCGACCAGCCCCACCUCCACCUGGACCUCCAGCACUUACAACCAGACCCAAGAGCAUGCCAGUGGCUAUUCCCCUAGCCCCAAGGCAACAGAAGGCCCGUGUCAGGCGCCCGGCACCCCCUCGACCAACAAUGGGUACUAAGCACAGCAGCCCACCCAAAAGUGCAAGCUCACCAGUCCCUGUGCCUUCAAAGCGACCACCUCCAAGACCCGAUAAGCCGGUUCAGACAUACAACUGCCACAUUGCCCUUGAUGAUGAGACCAUUGCCAACGCCUUGUCUCGAGUCAAGCUCCCACCUUCUGUUUCGGAUGACGUUCUUCUGGAGAAAAGUGGUACGAGUCCGUCCAUCCAAAAUGAGAGAGAACUUCAAAGACUCAGUGGCAUGAGCAUGUCUACUUCUUCCUCUGAUUCAUUGGAAUUUUCACAAUCUCCUGGAUUUUCCCUGGACAUAGGCUCCGGCCAGUCGUGCCAUCUGAACCAUCAAGAGACUGUAGAGGAUAGCAGUGAGGAUGAGGAUGACGAUGACGGGGAAGAGGAAAUAGAGGAGGACUAUGGGGUGGGCCUAGAAGCUGACCUAGAAAUGCGUCUCCGUCAGUCCUUCAAAACUAGACGGCGGAGGGUAGGUGUAAGCCUUGGUGGGGGGUCAUUUAUUCUUCCCAGGGCUUUGAAGGGACGCUUUCGCAAGGUUAGCGGUAUGCUCACCUCCCUGAUGACUCCAGAGAGACGGGCAGUGAAAAGGAUAGCUGAAUUGUCCAGGGAUAAAAGUUCCUAUUUUGGCUCACUGGUCCAGGACUAUAUUAGCUUUGUGCAGGAGAAUCGUGGUUGUCACACAUCAGGAGAGGAUUUUCUGCAGACACUCAGGCAGUUUAUGACGCAAAUGAAAGCUUAUCUGUGCCAAAGCUCUGAGAUGGACCCUCCAAUAGAGUCACUCAUCCCUGAAGAUAUGAUUGAACAGGUGCUGGAAAAGGCCAUGCACAAGUGCGUGCUGAAGCCCCUGAAGACUUUCAUUGAUGUGGCCUUACAUGACUUCCAGGUGAAUAGUGGAGAUUGGCAGCAGAUGAAAGAGAACUUGGCCUUGGCUAAGUCUAAGAAGCCCCAAGAGCUGGGCGUGGAUGGUGCAGUACCCCCUGACUCCGUAGCGAUUGAGAAGAUCCGACAAAAGUUCCUUAGCAUGAGAAAGAUGUACUCACCUGAGAAAAAGGUGUCAAUGCUGUUACGUGUGUGCAAGCUCAUCUACACCAUCAUGCAGGACCACUCAGGGCGGAUGUACGGGGCUGAUGACUUCCUGCCCAUGUUGACAUACGUGGUAGCGCAGUGUGACAUGCCUCAACUGGAUAUAGACAUCCAGUACAUGAUGGAGCUACUGGAUCCGUCUCUUCUUCAAGGAGAAGGAGGUUACUACCUGACCAGUGCCUAUGGAGCUAUGGCCCUGAUCAAGAAUUUCCAGGAGGAGCAAGCAGCAAGGGUGCUGAGCUCUGAGGCCAGAAACACUUUGCACCAGUGGCACCGCCGACGGACUGCUCAACGUUCAGCACCUACUGUUGAUGACUUUCAGAACUAUCUACGUUUAGCCCUGCAAGAUGUGGAUACGGGCUGCACAGCUAAAACCUUAAUCGUCCAUUCGUACACCACGACAGAAGAGGUCUGCUCACUUUGCGCUUACAAAUUCAGGAUUUCCCAGCCUGACGACUACGCUCUCUUUCUGGUCACCGAGGACACCUGUCAGCAACUAGCCCCAGACACGCACCCUCAGCAAAUCAAAGCUGAGCUUCACAGCCGACCGCUGGCAAAGACCUUCCAUUUUGUCUACAGAAGAGUGCCUAAUCUAAAUGUUUGUAUACCUACUGAUGUCCAAGUAGAAGAAUGA